AUGGGGAUCUCAAAAUUGGCACAUUUAAUCCGUUUUGAUGCGCCAACGUCUGUGCGCAACAAAGAGAUCGGCGAUUAUACUGGGAAAAUAAUCGCACUGGAUACAUCUAUUGUGGUGAAUCAGUUUCGCUCAGCUGUCCCCGGCCAUCUGAAGCUAAGCCCUCUCACAGGCCUGUUUUACCGCACGCUUACUUUCCUGGAGCAUGACAUCAAGCCUGUCUUUGUAUUCGAUGGCAGGCCUCCCAAUCAAAAGAGAGCUGUGCUGGAGAAAAGAGCUAAAAGCACAGGCUGGAGCAGCUCACCAAGUUUAAACACAGUUUCAUCCUUUACUCAAGACUGUCACCAUCUGCUACAGCUAAUGGGUGUACCAUGUAUCAUGGCUCCAGGAGAAGCAGAAGCACUCUGUGCCCACUUGGUUAAAAGUGGCACUGUUAAUGCUGUAGCUUCAGAGGACAUGGAUACGCUGGCAUUUGGGGGAACUGUUCUUCUACGCCAGCUUAAUGCAAAGAGAGACAGUGAGGUGACAGAGUACUCCUUACUAAAGCUAUUGGAAGCCUUACAGCUGACACAUAAAGAGUUUGUUGACCUAUGUAUCUUACUGGGCUGUGACUACUGUGAUAAGAUUGGGGGCCUUGGACCAAGUCGAGCACUGAAGCUUAUAAAGGAGCAUCAUACAAUUGAGGGUGUGAUGGAACACGUCAACAGAAAGACACACCCUAUCCCUAUAAACUGGGAGUACAAGGCUGCCCGCAAGCUGUUUUUUGAAACGCCACAAAUUGACACCCCUGUACUGGUUUGGAAUGAGCCUGAUGAAGAGGGCCUGGUGCAGUUCCUAUGCAAGGAAAAUUGUUUGAAGGAAGAAAAAGUGCGGGGACGCAUUAAGAAGUUCCGUGAGUCUCUCUUGAAGAGAAGGAAACUGAGAGAGGAGGAUGAGAAGAUGGGGCCAAAUAGACAGUCACGCCUUCAGGAAUUUUUCCCUGCAACACGGAGAAGAAAGGCUGAGUCUGCAGUAUUUGGAAGAUCCAGUGGCACAAAACGAUCAAAGACUGAAUAAAAUACAGUUUCGCUUAAACCAUGUCUUCAACCGUACAGUCAGAAAUAUAAUGGCAGAUUCUAAUGAUGAAGAUUAGCAUGGAUCUGUGUUGGAUGCUAAAUUUCUCUACUGAAUAUUUUGAUUUUGUCAAAAAUAAUGUAAAACCAGUGCCAAGAGAAGAUAUUUGACAUUUUUGUCUAUAUCAUGCACAAUUAAGAAACAACUUUUAUGUUUGGGAACCUGUAUUAGAUUGCAGUAAAAUACCCCUUUUUUCUACAACUACACUGUGCCUCUUGUUUUCUUAAUGUCAUAUGUGUUUCUCGUGUAUGUCUGACAUAUGUUAUAGCCUAUAUACAAUGUUAUUUAUGUUUGUGUAUAUUUCUCUAAAUUUCCUAGA